AUGCCAGCAGAUGAGGUACAAGAAACUCCACAGGAAGAACUAGUUCAGAUACAACCAGACAUGGAAGAAAUAGUUCAGCAACAACAGCUAGAAGAGCCUGAAGGAAACGAACAAGUCACUCCUUUGGAAACUAACUUCACAGAACUAGAUGAAGAUUUGGAACAGCCGAAAAAUCUUGACCCUCAACAAGAGUAUGCGGAGAAUAUGGAAUAUUUCCAAGAGUCUAAGAAAGAUUCGGCUGACAUAGUAGAAGAAUAUCGAAAAAUGUUUGCCGACAUACAAAAGACUCCAACACCAGAUGAAAAUAUUCAGCAUAGAAUGGAAGAACUGAAAAAAAAUGUACACAAAUACAACAACCCUUUUUACUUACGAGCAUUUAACGUUCAAUCUUCGGAUGAACUCGGUGAAGAUAAAAGGUUAAAUUUCAAGAAAACAUAUAGAAAUGAAACAUUGUUUAAAGUUCAUUCAGAACCUAGCCAAUAUGGAAACAAACCUACUUUUGUUUCUGCAGACGAUGGAACUACAAUGAGAUGGGGUCAUAAAGCUAAUUCGGAUAGGUGGUUCAUAAACUUACAACCUCAAUUCCAAGAAGUUGUAGACGCAAUGGAAGCGAAUGGUGAACGAGAUAUAGCUGGUAUUUUCAGCGCGGCUUUAAUGCCAUUGAAAGAUAUGAAAGAUGCAGAUAUUUUGGACCAGUAUGAAAUGAACAUGGCUGAUGGAAAUAUAACACCUGACGUUCUAGAACAUUUAUCUCAAAGAACUACACAGAACCAUAGAGAUGGUAUAUUUGGUGAAGAGUUUAGAAAGAAAGUUAGGGAGAGAGAAGGAAGAGAACCUAUUGUACAUGACCUUGCAAACGAAAGUUUACAAAAUGUCAUAAAAACUUACUUUGCAGACAAUGAACCGAGAAGGGAUGAAUAUUUAAGAAAACUCAAAUGGACAGUACCAAAUGAAAUGUUAGUAUUGAAAAACAUGUUCCUUGACAAAAUAAAACCAACUAC